UUCGCUUCACAGGUGUUUCUUGGAGCGUAGCUUGGAAGUUUUGUUAGACUUGGGAACUUAGCCGUUUGCUCCACCGGAGCUAGACAGUUGCACGCGAGUUAUUAUUCAAUGGAGGAGACUCAUGGGACUGUUGUGAGUAACAACAACUCAUCUCGGCAUUUGCGUAUGGAUUUCAGCCAUGGUAGUCAGGAGCCAUGCAUAUGGUCAUCUCCCGAAGGGGGACAUGUUAUGGAUAUCGGGAAGCAUAUCUUUUGCAACCGAUCGCUGAAUAUGAAGAACAUUGUGGCUGUUGGAUUUGACAUGGAUUACACUUUGGCUCAGUACAAGCCAGAAACGUUUGAGUCCCUUGCAUAUGAAGGCACUAUCAGAAAAUUGGUGUAUGAUUUGGGUUACCCUCGUGAGUUGCUAAAUUGGUCAUUCGAUUGGAAGUACAUGGUCAGAGGCUUGGUUCUUGACAAAAAAAGAGGCAACAUAUUGAAGAUGGAUAGGCAUAAGUAUGUGAAAGUAGCUUACCAUGGAUUUAAAGAAUUGUCUAAGGAAGAAAAAGUUUGCACUUAUGGAAAUACUUUGAUACGGGAUGCUUUUGAUGAGCCUGAUUAUGCUCUUAUUGAUACCCUUUUUUCACUAGCUGAAGCUUACUUGUUUGCUCAACUGGUUGACUUGAGGGACAAUAAUCCUGGAAACUUUCCAGACAGUACAGACUAUGCCAGUAUGUACAAAGAUGUUAGAGCAGCAGUUGAUUUGUGCCAUCGUGAUGGAACUCUAAAGCAAAUGGUUGCAAAAGAUCCCAAAAGGUAUAUCAAUGAAGACCCCUCUAUAGUACCCAUGCUUAAAAUGCUUAGAGAUUCUGGUCGUUCGACAUUCUUGGUGACAAACAGUUUCUGGGACUACACAAACAUCGUGAUGAAUUUUCUUUGUACAUCCCGAACGGUAGAUGGUACUAGAAAAUGCAAUUUUGAUUGGCUUCAGCACUUUGAUGUUGUCAUUACUGGCAGUGCAAAGCCUGGUUUCUUUCAUGACGAUAGUCGUGCCAAUCUGUUUGAGGUUGAACCAAAGUCUGGGAUGUUAAUUAAUACUGAUAAUGGCUCUCCUAUGCCUCAGGUGGGAGACAUUUCGCCUAGCUCAUCACUGAAGGCACGAAAUGAGUCGUGUAGAGUUUUUCAGGGAGGAAAUGUCGGUCAUCUGCAUAAAUUACUUUCAAUUGAGUCAAGCUCGCAGGUUCUCUAUGUUGGGGACCAUAUAUACGGUGAUAUUUUACGCAGCAAAAAAGUUCUCGGGUGGAGAACAAUGCUUGUUGUCCCGGAGCUAGAGAGAGAGGUUGAACUACUUUGGAAAUUGAGAGACACCCGCAAGCAACUUCGCUUGUUGAGGAAUCAACGUGAUCUCAUUGAAGACAAAAUUCAUCACUUGAAAUGGUCUCUCAAAUUUGAUGAUAUCAGUCCAAGGGAGAAGCAAAAGUUAUCGUCUGAACUAGAUGCUUUAGAGUCUCAAAGGGAGCAAGUGCGCUUAAGUCAUCAAGAGGCUCAACGAGAGAAUCACCAGAAGUUCCAUAAGGUCUGGGGGCAACUCAUGAAGACUGGUUAUCAAAACUCCCGCUUUGCACAUCAGGUUGAGAGAUUUGCCUGCCUGUAUACCAGCCAAGUAUCCAACUUAAGCUUGUAUUCCCCGGAUAAAUACUACAGACCUAGUGAAGACUUCAUGCCACACGAAUUUGACAUCAUCCCCAUGUGAGGAUAGGAAAGCCUAAUUGGAAAGAAAUAAAAUCAUAGCGUUCUUUAACCUUGUCGUCUUCAAUGAAAUUUCCUGACAACUCCCAAGGUUGUAAAGGAAACAGUCAUAGAGAGAAAUGUCCAUAGUUGUGGUUCUUUAAUCAAGGCUGAAAUGAAGGGCAAAGUUUCCCUUUACAAUUUACAUGUAACAAGGAAUUUCAUUUCUCAUUAUGACGUUAUAUUUGGGCAGCAUGAUAUUAAUGCUUUUGUAGGCCUUGUAUCACAUCUAUGACAUAGAUAACUUGUCUUCCACCCAUUAACUCCUGUUUUACAGAAUAUCAUUUCGGGGUUCAAUAUCAAGUUUGGAUCUUAUUAAUUGCUAUACAGUGAAACGUUUUCAGUGUGGCCCAAAGGGGGCCAUUGAUCCAUCAUCUUACACGGCUCAGAAAUCUCUGCAGCC